CUCACCUCUUACUAACCCGGCGCUUGAGGUUUCACCUUCAUGUGACCAGUGCACAUAUGAUUUGAGCUGUACAAAACUCUAGGCUCCGCCGUUGCGAUGGCGAUUCGUUUUCUAAGAUUUCCAUGCCACGCUCUUCAGGGUGCUGUGCGACCCUGCUUUUCUUUCACUGAGGACUCUUUUCUAAUUCGCAAACUAAACCUCUUUUUCGUUCGUUCUCUCAAUUAACUAUUUAUGACCAUGGAUAGUUGUUUCUGAAAUUUAGGCCGACUCUUACGCCACUGUCUAAUCUGCGGCUGUCAAGAUGCCGGUGCUUAUCGAAUCGAGUAGCGAAAACCGCCGGCCUCGGAGGCCUUCCAUCACGCAACAAUUGCAGCGAAUGUUCCAUAAGGACAAACCAGAUGAUGCAAGAAAAAGUAACAGUGACGAGGACCCGUUCAAUAAUACAGACGUCGUGGUAUCAUCUGCAUCUAAACCAAACCGCUCUGUACGAACGGUUGGGGGCAGUGGCCCUAUCGAAUAUACAAAUUAUGGACCGUCCGAUGUCAGCUCUACCGGGUACAAUCGUCAUUCAUAUUCGUCAUCGAAUUCAAAAGCCACCGGCUUGAACACCUCGGAAUCAAGGCCCUCUUCGACCCAAUCUUUCCGGCUGGAGUCGCAUCAAUUAGUGAAAGAUUCUCUAACAGCGAAUGGUGCAUUGAAAACGCAGGAUAUCGACCAAUCUCCCAACGUGAGCCACUCUGUUGUCGAAAAGAAAGAGAGGCGGGCUACAAAGCGCCUGGAAGCAGAGAGACUAGAGCUCGAGAAGCGGAUGCUCAAACUGGAAGAGGCUGAACGCACUAGAGAUGUCUCAGUCCUGAGAAGAGAAUCCCGAAGACUCACUAAGAAGCAGCCCUUCGGGAGUUCAAGUAGGUCAUCAAGUGUGAGUGGUGAUGAAUCACGAUCUCGCCCCACCUCUCGAAUUUCUUCUAUAUUUUCAAGUUCGAGACGAAGGUCUAGGUCUCGCUCGAGCUCAAUAGAUGGGGUCGACAGGGUUCGGUUUACUGGUCGUGAAGAAACCCCAUCGAUUGAGAACGUAGACGCCCUUCCAGCUUUGUCCUCGACUUUGCCCGAACGACUGAACACAGCAAUAUCUAAAGAGCUAGCUGCAAGGAAAACCGCAUUACUUGCGUCACCUGAGCAGUCAUCGCAUUCUCUGAAGCUUUCGUAUUUAGAAACAGGCACCGACUCUGCAAAUGGCCCUCCCAGCCAGCAAACGAUCCGAGAUGGAGAAGACAUGACUCCUUACGCCUUCGGCGCAAUCCCAAGAAAUAAUAUACACCAAGAAGAGCAACUUGAAUUGAGGACUCCAGAAAUCAAGGGUGCUCACAACCAACCGACGGAUUUAGACAAGGCAAUGUUUACUGCAAGCUUGACCUCUAAAAAACGAAGCGUAGCACUUUCACAAUCCGGAGAAGUCCCGAAGAUGGGCCAGACCGCGCAUCCCAAAAUUGAAAACGAAUCCCCCGACUCCCGUCAUCUGCCCCAGGAUGAUGAAAAUAACGCGACUUUAAAACACAAUUCAAACACAGUCCCAUGGGGUGGCUCGCCUAGGGGUUUGCUAGUGGGAACAUCCACGGAUGGAGUCAUACAGCAACAUCAAAAGAAGUUCAAGUCCUCUCCUCUAGCAGAGUCACAAACAAUCGACGGUGAUGGUGUGCUGUCUGCUCCGAAAAGAGCGACAGCUCUAGUGAGCCUCCAGAUUUCCGAAAAAGCGCAACAACAGAAGUUCGGUCGUGCCGAGGAUGUGGCAUCGUCAAGAUUGAGUAUGGCAAGCUCUCCUAAUGUAUUGCAAACAUCAAGUUUACCGGAUAAGAGAACAAUCCAUGCACCCCCAAGUAUUACAGUCAAACCAUCAGUGACAGAAGGAACGGAUGAUCGACCCUUUAUGAGCAGGAUACCGACUUCAAAACCUAGUCAGUCAGCUCCAUCAGCACCACUAACAAAGCCGCGCUUCUACAACUCACUAAACAAAGUGACAGGCCCUUGCGGUGGAAAACCUAAGGCGAUUGGUACUCUGUCACCUCCACGCCGGGAACGAGAUUUGUCUCCCACGGUACCCCCGAAGAGCCCGAAGCGAACCAGCCGGACUCUCUCACAGUCUCCAGAUUUGGCACCCGAAACUAGGAUGAGGCCAAAGAGUAGCCAAUCAGUUGGCAUUUCUCAAGAUUCCGAGUCGGACUACAACACUGCAGAUGAAACUGCAUCUGCCGGAUCGAGAACCUCGGACCGUGGUGACUUAUCUGCACCCACAAAGAUACGUGCAGCAGGUAAGACGCGUGCGGCAUCGAAGAAAAACAUUUUGUCAGAGCCUGACGGUGGCCCUCUACCAGCGAUUUCAUCCUGCUCAAAAGCGGACAUGAAGAGAAUGAGCAAAAAGGCAAGGCAAAUUGGACGGGAUCAGCUUGUUGCGAAGCUCUUUGUAAUCUGUUGCAGAUGCAAAUUUUGGCAUGACAUGCCAUCGGAAGUAUAUGCGAGUCUUACGCUUUCUGAUCCCUUGUCAGCGGCUCUUGACCAGGAGCUUGCUGCCUGGGAUCAGAAUGCCUUGCCUGAUAGACUGACUGCCUCAACGAAAGAGGCGCGCCCGCUGCACGAAUCACCCGCGAAGUCACCCAGGUCUGAGACUCAGCGAAGAUCAAUACGCACACGUGUAACAGCGGACCUACCAUCUGGGCCUGUCAACUGUUGCUGGUGCGAGCAUCGUAUGAGCAAGCAAUGUUGCCAAGGGUGGACUACCGUUGUUCAAAUGCGUCAGAGGCACCAUUAAUUGCACAUGAAGUUGUUUUGUCUGGUACCUGAAUCAUAAUCUGUAUUCACGUAUUCAAGUGUUUCUUGAUGAUAAGCCAUUUUCUUUUAGCUUAAGCGCAAAAGCCCCCUUAUGUGACGAAACUACCAUAUUUUACCAUUAUAGAAGAGCCAUGAUGGAGAACACGACAUUUCGUAUUGAUAGUUAUGGACGAACAGUGCUAAAAGUAAAAUAAUAAUUCUUGGCUAUUAUUACACAUA